UCCUGCACCGCCCAGCUUACCAAUAGGGAGCAUGGAGUAGGGCGGUGUGUGCAUUGCUCACUGCUGCUCAGUCUGCUGUCUGUAUUCUAGAUCGCUGCUCUCAGCCUACCACUCACAGCGCACACUGACUGGGAAUAGAAAGGACACAGUAACCCAGCCGGAGAAUUUGGGGGAUGGCAGACCCUAUGAUGAUGCCAACCUUGCACAAUGGGCAUCCCAACUAUAGGAUGGGCAUGAACACUAUGCAGACUCAACCUCCUCUUCAUCCUACUCGAUCCAUGCCUUCAACGCCAAUGAUGCAAUAUGGAGCUGCCCAUCCUGAUGGAAGCAUGAGGACACGGAUGGGUAUGCAUAUGGCAGCCCCUAUCAUGUACACUGGGCAAGGCCAGUCCUAUAUAGGAACCCAGCAAUUAAUGGCUACAAUGCAUCUUCAAAAACUUAAUACUCAGUACCAGGGAUAUCCAAUGAUUGGUAAUCCUGGACUUACACAGGGGCUUCCUGCUUACAGAAUGGCACCCAAUCACCAUCAGCUCAUGCCUCCCUUAAAUGUGACAGAUGCUGACCUCAUUGACGAGGAUGUAUUGACAUCUCUGGUUCUGGAAUUAGGCUUGGACAGAAUUGAAGAGCUGCCUGAGCUGUACCUGGGACACAAUGAGGUGGACUAUAUUUUGGACUUUGCAGGAAAGCAGCAGGUUAGCACUGUGACAUGCUGAUGGCAGUGCUUACUACAGACCCCAGCACACUUCAUUUGCACUGUGUAUGGCUUCCAGAAAGCCCUCUUUGUAAUUUCCUUCUCCCCGUGUCCUUCGCUCUUGACAGUGUGGUAUGAUAAGGAUGCUUGGAUGAAAGAUUAAAUGAUCAUUGUUAUGGCAUAAAAUGAUGAAUAUGGUGGAAACAGAUUGGUGAAAAGAUCUUUGUAUACACUGUCUUACUUGCACUAAAUAGUAGCUUAUUGGUUGCUGUGUUUCUGUGCAAAAUUCGCACCAUAGUGCAAUAAGUCCUAUUGAUUAUUUCCAGAGAGUUUGCCCUAUAUAUUUGGGUGGAAGCAGGUCUAGGUGAAUAUAGGGAAUUAAUCCAUUGCAGAAACUGUUUCAUACAUAACACUGGUUCAAAUCAGGGCAAUUCAAUUGGAGCUGGUUACAGGCCGAUCCCAAAUAAAAGAUCAAUGGUGAAAUUAUAUUUGCAUUUUUAAUGUUUCAAGAUAAUGUAAUACUUGUAUAGCCUUGAUUUUUGACACAAUUUGAUAUUUGUUUUUUUCUCCUGUCAUAAGAUAUAUGGUUUUCCAUGUCCAUAAUUAUAAAUAACUAAUUAUCCUAUUAAAUAAUAAUAAAAAAACAGUUGAUUGAGAAAGAUCAUACAUGUAGUCUGUAUAUGAACAACUGAAACGCUUACAAAUUGUUGCUGAAGCAAGAUGGAUAUUAGGAAGGACUUUGAUGUCCUCUUUGGAUCAGACUUCUAUGAGUGGUAUCACCCGAGACAGAACAUGUGGCUCUACGAAAGUGGUUAAAAGCUUCCUUCCUGCUUGCAGUAAACUUGACUAUGAUAUACAGUAACCUUGUAGAUGAUUUCUUUUCCAGUAAACGUACAAAAUGUUUUAUUUUUGUUUAUGUUUUUGAUGCUUAUUGCAAUCAUAAAAGGGCUGGUCCUCUCUUAGGCAAUUUAACAAUUGUUUGUACUAUGCUUGCUGAUGAAGUAGCGAACACAAAAUAAAGUUAGUCACAUUGUGGCUUUGAAAAAUGUAGAAAA